AGCAUAAAUGAAUGUCGUUACUCUCACACUUUCUAGUACCCUAACUACCCGUGUUAACUACGAUUGAGUUUUGAAAAAUCACUUGCAAUGAGGCUGACGUUCCACAUUCUAAUUAUCUUCGCUCUUUUCUUGUUGUCCAGAAGUUCACCGGUGUCAUUGGACGAUCUACCAAAUGGUCUGAUGAGUGCUGAUGCAUCAAGGAUUCGCCACAGAGCAUUGGAUGCUGAGGGUACGAAACAUCAUGAUGGAGCCAACUGCAAAGGAGGAAAAAAGGGUUGAAACUUAUUAGUUUUUUAUCGUUAUGACUGAAAAUAAAGUUUUUUCAACUG